UUCAACUUCUUCGUCAGUAACCACUGUAGAAUGACCCAGCAGUGCACGUAAAUGCCCCUGCGCGCUCCCUUUUUGGAGAGAUCCGUGCCGUCUCCGCAUGCCCCCGGGAAUAGGUGCCUUGUGUAUGCCAGCGAACCACAGGAAAAAGGACAAAAUGUAUCGAUGAGUGCUCACACCGCCCGGCUGACUCCAGACGCCCAAGCAAGCCGCUGAUCGGAAGGUGAAAGGUCGGUAGCCACGGGGACCUCGGGCGUCGGCAUGGAGACGGUGGUGAUCGUGGCUAUCGGGGUGCUGGCGACCAUCUUCCUGGCCUCGUUCCUGGCACUGGUGGUCGUAUGCCGCCAUCGCUACUGUCACCCAUGGGGCCAUUUACACCACUAUGAUUCUAAGCCCACAGUUGACUUGAUAGGCGCUAUGGAGACUCAGAGUGAGCCUUCUGAGCUGGAGCUGGACGAUGUGGUCAUCACCAACCCCCACAUCGAGGCCAUCCUGGAGAAUGAGGACUGGAUUGAAGAUGCCUCCGGUCUGGUGUCCCACUGCAUUUCUAUUUUAAAGAUAUGUCACACUCUGACUGAGAAGUUGGUUGCCAUGACAAUGGGCUCUGGGGCAAAGGUCAAGGCUCCUGCCAGCCUCAGUGACAUCAUCAGCGUGGCCAAACGCAUUAGCCCCAGGGUGGAUGAUGUGGUGCGUUCCAUGUAUCCUCCUUUGGACCCUAUUCUCCUGGAUGCCAGAGCCACUGCCCUCCUGCUUUCUGUCAGUCAUCUGGUGCUGGUUACCCGGAACGCUUGUCACAUGUCGGGGAGUAUGGAUUGGAUCGACCAAUCGCUGCACGCCGCAGAGGAUCACAUGGUGGUGCUGAGAGAGGCAGCACUGGCGUCUGAGCCCGAGAGGAGAUUACCAGACAGAGAGCAGGCCAUCUGAACUCACGCACGCACGCAGGCACACACAAACACACAUACGCUCAUGUGCACACACACACAAACACACACACACAGACACAUACACAACCAAAAUCAUUCACACAAACACACAUGCGAAACAGUACACACCUGUAUAUAGACCUAAUUACUCAAUUGUACCAAUCACCUACACUGAUAGACUCACCACAAGGCACACACACAUACAGGCCAAUUUUCACAGGCAACCUCCCACAACUUUGCAUAUCCAGUUACCUGGAGUUACCUUGUGCGUAUGUAGGGUAGAACACUUCACAAGUUUCUUUAGCGCUUCAAUGUACAGGCCCCUUUUCACAGGCAACCUACCCACAACUUUGCAUAUCCAGAGUUACCUUGAGUUACCUUGUCCGUAUGUAGGGUAGAACACUUCACAAGCUUCUUUAGUUCUUCUCUGUAGUUGUCCUAUGCCACUGUUGUUUUCUUUAUUCCCAUCUCACUCAGUUGCCGCCAUUUUGUCUCACGCAGUACCACAGUCCGGAAUCCCCCCCCCCUUUUCUAGUUCGCACAGAAUUUCUCAGUAUUGUAAAUUUCUUGAUAAUCCUGGAGCCACAUACUAAAUGUCUCGAGUCAGUGAAGAGGACUUAGAAAAGGUUGCAGUGCUUAAUGAAAUUAAGUCUUAGAGGGUUCUCAAAGGUUCAACAUGGUAAAACUUAAUCACAAAGUAACAUAUUUAGCUGAACAGAUAAGAAUGUAGUCAGUUUUCUGUGUAUAUUGACACUCCAAUGCUGUCUGACAGUUUUCAUUAUUUUAGAACUGGGCUCAGUAUUUUGUGAACAGAUAAUAUUUUCUUACAAUUGUAUGAUCAUUGAUUGCUUAAAGUUAUGAUUUUAUGCCACAUGUGUUUACAUAGAGACACUAUCAUUUAAAAUGAGGAAAUGCAAUUUUCUGUAAUUUUCAAGACUCUCUCCCUCACACACAUACACACACACCCCUGCUAGUUUUCCCAUCACUAAUAGGUGGCUGGGCCUCCUGGGCAGGGCUGGGCUGUGGAGCACAGCGUCACAUGAGGGCUUAAAGCUCCUACUAAUCUCAUCUGGGAAAACACACAGCUACACAGUCUCUGAUGAACACCUCACCAACCACACAGUCCCUGCCUUCAGCUCUCACCAUUAACAUCACCACCACCUCACCAACAUCGAACACCCCAGUAGAGAAUAUACCGGUAGACCAAACUAGCCAGUUUUAUCUGAUAAUCUCUAACCCCGCCCCCAUCUCUCACACCCACACACAACACACAAGGUUAAUUGAAAAUUCUUUUCAAGCUUAAGUGAGACAAACUCAUUGAAAAGGCAGAUUUGCCUUGAGACAGUCCACUCUCUGAAUCUCGCCACUAGCAGAACAUCCUGUCGUGAAAUGUAGUAAUGGGUUCAGCCUUAACGGAAGCACAGCUGCAUCAGUAUAAGUGUAUAGACCCAUAGGCUCUGAAAGAGUGUUCAAGGACAAACAGCGUAGACAGGGACUUGCCCUUCCUCAUCGUCUUUUAUUAGGUUGAUUUUCCUCUCUUUGUUUUUUGUAUGCAUUCUCUUUCUCUCAUAAAAUAUCUACAGAGAUUGUGACUGACUCUUACACUGUUCCUGUUUCCUCUUUCAUCCCUCUGAUCUGAUUUGUACAGGUAAAUUAAAAUUUCAUAGGAAAAAAAAAACCUCCA